CGCCUGCGCAUAAAGGCGUCACCACCGUUACAAGUAGCCUGCACAGAGCCUGCGCUGCCACUCGAGCCUUCGGUGGCAUCAGUAGCAGCAGUUUUUCCUUCUCUCUGUCCACAAGCUGACAACCCCACCAUGGCUCCGAAGCAGGCCCCAAAACCCGAGUUCCAGGAGGGUGAGCGCGUGCUGUGCUUCCACGGGCCGCUGCUAUACGAGGCCAAAUGCCUGAAGGUGGCCCGGGAGGACAAGCAGGUACGCUAUUUGAUCCACUACAGCGGCUGGAACAAGAACUGGGAUGAGUGGGUGCCUGAGAGCCGCGUGCUCAAGUACUCGGAGGCCAACCUGCAGAGGCAGCGCGAGCUGCAGCGCGCCAACCAGGAGCAGCAGGCAGCCGAAGGCCGCGGGGCGCGGGGGGCUGCCCCGGGCCGCAGGGGCGCUAGCGCGCUGCAGCAGAAGAACGUGGAGACGCUCUUCCAGAACAUUCGCAUCACUCCUGCUGCCUCCUCCCCAGGGGCCACUGCUGCCGCCUCUGGCUCCGCUCCGGCCCUGGCUUCCACCUCCGCCCCCGCUGAGGUCCCUGGUCCAGGCCGCAAGACCCGCAAGGGCAAGCAGAAGGCGGCAGCCACUGCGGGGGGCGAGGGUGGCCCUGGCACAAGUAGCAGUGGAGCAGCUGUUGGGGGUAGAGACACUCCCCAGCCUCUGCCCAGGAGACGCGGCCGUGGGGAUCCAGGCCGCAGCGAUGGCCCCCGGGGUGCCGCAGCAGCCUCCUCAGCCCGGGCUGAGCUCCAGGUACAGAUCCCAGCAGAAUUAAAGCCACUGCUUGUGCAAGAUUGGGAGCUGGUGACCAAGCAGGGCCGCCUUGUGGCGCUCCCAGCCGCCAAGAACGUGGACUCCAUCCUGGAGGACUAUGUGCGCCAUAGGAAGGCCCACGGCGGCACCGGAGACCACCUGGAGUACGCUGCCGACGAGGUGGCCGGCGGCAUCCGCGCCUACUUCAACGUCAUGCUAGGCCCCCAGCUGCUAUACGAGCGCGAGCGCCCACAGCACAACCGUGUCCUGGCCGCGCACCCCGACGUGCCCAUGUCUGGCCUCUAUGGCGCCCCACAUCUGCUGCGCCUAUUCGUGCGUAUUGGAACCGCCCUCUCUUACACGCCCUUCGACGACAAGAGCCUGGCCCUGCUCUUUGGCUACCUGCACGACUUUCUGCGCUAUCUGGCCAGCGACCCCUCAGCCUUCUUCGAUGUCUCCGACUACAAGGAGGCCCCUGAGGCCAGCCAGAAGGCUGCCCGAACCACCGAGACCAGCCAGAAGGCGGCCUGAGCCUGGAGGCGGCCACGGCAGGGGGGUCUAGGCUGGACUCCCCUUGGUACGGCCCCAGAGAGGGGUGCAGGUCUCUUUGUCUGUCUCUGCGGGUUCCUGGUUUUACGAGUUUGACCUUUCCCGUCCAGUUGAUCACUUUCUGUUUCUGUUGUUGAUGCUUGAAGUCAAUAUAACCUUUGUAUGAAGCAGGACUUAGACUUGGCCAAGAUUGGGAAACACUGGAAACUUUUUUGGGGUAAUUUUGAGAAAAACUGUUGUGUGGCCGAAGUUUUCUGGGGAAAGUGAUCUUGCCAGAGCUAUUUCUCUGGCUCGUUUUUUUUUUUUCUUUUGAAAUGAAAUAAGGAUCAGACUGGAGGGUCCCUGAAGUCUCUUCCUUUUCCGACAUUUUCAGUUGUCUGGGGUCUGGGCAGAAGGACGGUGAUGCCAUAAUUACCCCCCCCCCCCCCCCCACUGGCCAGGUUCUCUGUUGCCUUCACUUCCCCUCGGCCCAGUCGGGUGCUUGUUCCAGCCGCUGCAGUGGGUCACCUGCUUGUCCUCCAGGGACCAUCUCAUCCCCACUUAAUUGUGUACGUUGUCCUUCGGACCUGGCCAUGCCAUGCCAAGCCAGGCCUAGGGGAAGGGGCUGUCAUUGAUAAUGGCAACGUAGUUAACUUGGAAAUGGCUUUUUUUUUUUUACAUUGUAUUUCUCAUUUUAAUUUAUUUCAGAAAAGGCUGGGUGGUGGGCUCAAACAUUUUUGGUCAUAAGUACUUGGUUUAACAGAUAAUCCUAAAUUCUGGAAUACAGCUCCAUUUGCUUUAUGUAUGUGCUUUUAGCCAUGAAGGACAUUGUUACAUUUGACGUUCAAUACCUGAUUUACUGCUUUCAUUAACAAAAAUGACCACUGAACCACAAACCAAGAUGUAUCUUUGUACUUUGAUGAAAAAUACCUUAAUAAAUCAUUUUGAAAUUUAACUAGAAA